AUGGAAAAAACAAGUCUAGUUCUAUUUAUUUUCUUUAUUGUUAUGGCUAUGCCAAUGGUUCAAGGUGUUGUCUUAGGACCCAAAGCUGUUGAAAAAUGGUUCGAGAAGCUUCCACAUGCAAAACAAAAGGUAACCAAAUUUCAUUUCUAUUUUCACGACAUAGCUAGUGGGAAAAAGCCAACAGCAAUUCAAAUAGCCCAGUCCAAUAUGACUGCCAAAUCCCCAACUUUCUUUGGGUUUGUUGCAAUGAUAGACGACCCACUGACAGUUGGGCCAGAGCCCAAUUCAGCAUUAGUGGGUCGAGCCCAAGGGAUUUAUGGUGCAGCUGAUCAAAAUGAGGUUGGCCUUCUUAUGACCAUGAACUUUGUGUUCACAACAGGCAAAUACAAUGGUAGCACACUGAGUGUACUUAGCAGGAAUCCAGCAUUAAAAAAGUAUCGUGAGAUGCCGAUCGUUGGUGGUUCUGGAAUUUUCCGGUUGGCUCAGGGAAUCGCCACCGCGAAGACCUAUUGGAUUAAUACAACCAGUGGGGAUGCUAUUGUUGAGUAUAAUGUUCUAGUCCUGCAUUAUGACAUUUGAUGCUUUUGCUUUUUGAUAUUUGAUUUGUAAUUUGUAAUUUCAUGUUCAUUAUAUUUAAAUACUUCUAUAGUUUCUCUAUUUUGUCGUUAGAAUAAAGAUGCAUACUGAUCAAUGAAAUAUAGCCUUUGAUUAACAUGCUUUUCUCUAUUUUGUCCUUAGAAUAAAGAUGCGUAU